AUGUUAGGAAUAUAUCUAACGCUUCCACAUCUAAAUAAUAAAAACGAUCCCAAUUUUCAACGUCCGCCUAAUCAAUCUACACCUAAUGCUCAGAGAAAUUAUUCGUAUCAACCGCCCGGGCCACCGGGUCCCCCGUAUCAACCUACUCAACAGCCACAACAGCAUUCAUCCGCUGUACUCCAACAUGGAUUAUCGACUCAUAAUGCAUCUCAAUUUAGUAAUUUUAAUCCUUAUAGUAAUAACUCCAGGAUGAAUAAUGAUUUACGAGGUGGUUAUGGGGCUCAUCUCGGAUCUCACCAGCCACAACAACCACAACCAACGCACAUUCAACAAUCAUGGCCUACAAAUAAAAAUACUUGGAGUACGGAUUUAGGCGCAUCGGGUAGUACAAAUUCAACGACUAAUCAUAGUAGCAUGUUAACUAACAGCAUUUACGGAAGCAAUGGACAAUCCGGAAGUAACACCGGUACCUUUGCUCAAACUGCGAGCCCUAGUUUGAUACAACAACAAACAAUGGCAAAUCGAUUAAGUGGUGAUAGUCACGCUUUUCCUACUACAUUGAUGCGAGGUAUGGCUACUAUCGGACUUAAUAACGUAGGAUUUCAAAGACCAACGAUGUCAGUUAAUGAUCCAACAAAUAUAAGUACUUUUGUUGAAGUUGAUACAACGUCAAAUGAAAUAGACCCCGAAUCUUUAAUAGAUAAUUCACUAGUGACAUCAUCAUCAUUGCCAUCGAAUACUCCUUCAUCUACGUCUCCAAAUACUUCUAUUAGUAGUAUAACAGAUUCAAGUUCUGGUCAUUCGUCUAGUGCUUCCGUAAAUAAUUCAACUAACAAACGUUCUUCGGCAGAUUCAAGCAAUAUAAUGAAUUUCUAUCUUCAAAUGUUGGAUUAUACUACUUCACCUCAUUUACAACCACAACAUAUGCAUCCAAAUCAAACUAAUAAUUCAAUAUCAUCCCCUCGAUUACAAAAAUCCAAUUCUAAAAAAUCAUCUGGUAUGUCUAAUCAAGUAAUGCCACCUCCACAACAAUUACAUUCUCAAACUUCUCAAAUUCAACAACAAGCACAACAAACUCCUUCCCCAAUGCAUCAACAUAAUCAAAUGCAUCAACAACAAAAUCAAUCACAACAACAAAUGCGUCAUCAACCACCAAUUCAUCAUCAACAACAACAAUUACAACAACCUUCACCACAACAACAAACUCCUCAAUUACAACAAUUACAACAUGGUCAACCGAUUCAACAACAUCAUCUUCCUCAACAAACUCAACAAACUUCUGAUUCCCAAAUACAAAUGCAACAUACUACACCUAAACCAAUGGGACGUGUCAUUAAUCAACAACAACAACCUUCAAGCUUUCCUCCAACAAAUAUUCAAAAUACUCCAAAAUCCGCUAAAAUUACACCUAAUAACUCUGAUAUACCGACUGGUCUUCCUCCACAGAAAGAGCAUAAACCAAAGAGGCCAAUGAAUGCAUUCAUCAUAUUUUCAAGUGAACGUAGACCCGAAUUACAAAAAAAUGAUCCUAAUAUGCAAACAGCUCAAGUUAGUAAAAUUUUGGGAGAAGAAUGGCAAAAUAUGGAUCCUGCGCGAAAGGAUCAUUACAAUGCAAGAGCCCGUCAAUUGAAAGAAGAUUUCAAACAAUCGAAUCCCGAUUUUGUGUAUACUCGUCGAGGUUCCUCUAAUUCCGCUAAAAAGAGACCAAUUGCACCUCCAAUAACAACGGUCAGCUCCUCUUCAAACAAUAAACCUCAGCCCGAUCCAAUAGCGGUGCCACCUCAAUCAUCUAAUAUGCCAAUGCAAAAUGAUUCAUUAAAUGGAGUGGUUCCUCCUCAACAUGCUUCAAAUACUUAUACCUCAUCACCACAUCAACAUCCUUCUUCAUCUACUCCACAAAGAAAUUCACCAGCAAUUAAUCCUAUUGGAACCUCUUCUUCAAGUACAAGUACUUCUACUCCCACAACCACUCCCAAUAGAAAAGAUAACAAAUUGAAACGACCGAUGAACGCCUUUUUAAUAUUUAAUAAAGAAAUGAGGCCAAAAGUCUUAGAAAUGAACCCUAAUAUGACAGUUGCAGAAAUUUCAAAGACCAUCGGGGAAAAUUGGCGAGGCAUGACAGAGGAACAAAGAGAUCAAUACCUACAAAAAGCUAGAGAACUAAAAAAUGAGUUUCACGAAACUCAUCCCGAUUUCGUCUAUACUCGAAGAUCAAAAGCCGAACUUGCAGCUGCAGGACAUCAUAGUUAUUCUAAAAAACGAUCACCUGCUCAUUCACCAUUAAAGGAUCCACGAGGUCGUAAAAAGAAGAGAAGCCGUCAUCCAACAGCACCAAAGCAUCCCAUGUCAGGAUUCUUGUUCUACGCAUUGGAAAUGAGACCUCAUGUUGCAGAACAAAAUCCUGGAAGUACAGUUGGUCCUAUCAGCAAAAUUAUUGCAAGUCACUGGAAAAACUUGACACCUGAGCAAAGGGAACGUUGGGAGAAGAUGGCCUCAGAUGACAAGGCGAGAUAUGCAAGGGAGAUGGAGACGUAUUUACAAGACCAAAAAGAGAAUGAAUAG